AUGAGCCAGAUUGAAUGGGAGAGCUUAUCAGAGUCAGAAAUCAAAGCUGAAGCUGAAGCAAUAUUAGAAUCUUCUGGACAAUCAAAAAAGAUUCGCGCAGAAAUUAAUGAAGAUCCUUCUAUUAUUGAAUGGAAGGAAAAUAUCAGAAAAAUGAUAGAAGAAAUCGCAGCUACUCAAGACAUAACCAAACUUAAUCCAGAUAAGAUUUAUGACAUGAUAGCUGAUCAAGCUAGACAAAAGAUUCCACAAGAAAUCAUCGAAAAAGUCGAACAGAAAAUACUUACAUUCAUAGAGAAAGGAAUUGAAGAUCGAUUUAACUAA